AUGCCUCGAACGGGUUCCUUCCAUAAUGGCAUUAUUGAACUAUUCAGACCUAGCGAACAGCCUAUAGAUAUUGAUAUCGUCGCUGUUCAUGGUCUGCAAGGUGACGCUCGGCGAACAUGGACUCAUGAAGCUUCAAAAGUAUGCUGGCUUAGCGACCUUCUUCCCAACUACAUCAAGAAUGCCCGGGUCCUGUCGUGGGGGUAUAACGCCAACACAAACUCUUUGGGCGGUAAGGCAACAAGCUCAGACCGGAUCCUACAGCAUGCUGGGACGCUUAUCGAGGAGCUUCAAAAUGACAGAGAGUUCGAGGAUGCCACCGAGAGACCCAUCAUUUUCGUAUGUCAUUCUCUAGGAGGUAUCAUAGUCAAAAGAGCCCUCACUUUAUCCCAAGGUCGCACAUCAGCGAAGAGCGCUCGACUUCACAAGAUUUAUACUUGCACUUACGGCAUUUUGUUUUUUGGCACUCCCCACAAUGGCUCCAGCAAAGCACGCCAGCUCGACACCAUCCACAAGCUAGCAUCCUUCAUUGUUCCCAAAAGGGUUGCUCGAUUCGAAACAAAUCUAGUUACUGGAAUCGAGGAUGACUCUGAAACAAUUCAAAACAUCGCCGAGGACUUUUCUCCAUUGAUGUCACGGUAUCACAUAACGUUUCUGUGGGAGCAGUUGCGCACCGAUAUGAAAUAUACAAUGGACUAUAUCGUGGAUCGUGAGAGUGCCGCACCCAUAUUGGAUGGAACGGACAGAUGUGGUAUCGCCGCAGAUCACCGGGGCAUUUGCAAAUUUGAGAAUGUCGACUCUCCGGGCUUCAAGGUUGUUAUUGUCGCUCUCAAGCGCUACUGCAUGGCUGCACCAGCAAGGAUCAAGGAAAGGCUCAUGGAGAGUGCGAACUCUCUAAGCGAGAAAAGAAGAUACGAAGCCAUGGAGCUUGUUGGGGAGUCACCAGUAUCUCCCGUAUCUCCCGUCUCGAAGGUUUCUUCUUUUUCGGACGUAUCUUCGUUGUCGGAUACAAUAAAUCGGCUGAGAAUGAAAAGAGAUGCCGAGGGGUCAUCUUAG